GUGUGGACACGUCUACCGCACGUUUCCAGGCCAAAAUCUCGUCCCUCUUCUUUCUGAGCAUCGCGUUUCCUCGGAUCACCUGUUGUAGAUAAGCCACUCCCAGCGCCUGCGAAGACGAAGGUCAGGAGAUAGGGCUGUUGAGGUGCGGUACGGGGAGGACUCCCAGGUAGGAAAAAUCACACUGGCUCACCGGAGUCAGGAAGGCCACUGCUAUCCCGACCAGGGCAAGAGACGGCAUUCCUGGGGUGGAGAAUGGCAGUGCCAGAGACUCCGGGGUCCUGCAGCAGGUGCCCUUCCUCUUAGAGGCACAGACUACGCUCAGGGAGUACUAAGAAAUGAAUCUGGAUGUGAAGACCGGCGCCUUGUAGAAAACUGCAAGCAUUUGCUCAUGAGCAAGGUUGGGAGGUCGCUGAGUGCAUCCGAGGUGCAGAUCUGGGAGCCAGAAGAGGAUGACAUGACGGAAGGCGACCUGGGCUACGGCCUCAGCCGGACACCUGGCAGCCUCUGCAAGCUGGAAGACUCACGUUUACGUACAUCCAGAAGAUCAGAUGGGAAGAGCUUCAGUCCUCCUCCACCUCCAAGGGAUGGGGAAGAAAGAAAUGGGGCCGUUUUCCAGUAUUUCCCGCAGAAGAGCCAGCAAACCACAAGUCCCCAGAGGCCCAGAACAUCCAGCUGUAGUCAGGAAGGGAACCCUGAGUCUAAUUCAGAACUGUCAAAUGAAGAACUAAGGCAACGUCUUCAAGAAACCUUAGAGGAGGUAGAAAUUUUAAAAACUGAACUUGAAGCAUCUCAAAGACAACUUGAAGGGAAAGAAGAAGCACUGAAAAUUCUUCAGAGCAUGGCAGUCCUUGGGAAAGCCACAAGCCACACACAGGCGGUGCUUCAGAAAACUGUAGAACAAAAGAGAUUGUUGGAGAAGGAAAUAAAUGCCUUGCAGUGGGAAAUAGAAUUUGAUCAGAAUAGAUUUAAAAACAUAGAGGAAUCUUGGACUCAAAAAUAUGACAGACUAAACGCUGAAAAUGCAGUUCUCAAAGAGAAUUUGAAAGUGAAAACAGAAGAAAUUAGGAUGCUGAAGUCUGAAAAUGAAGUUUUGAACCAGCAGUACUUGGAAGCCCUUGCAAUGCUGGACGCCAAACAGCAGAAGGUUGCUCGGGACAGCAGGUGUCGGGAGGAAAGUGGCUUUGCAGAGGCGUCGGCUCUCCAGCUCGCAGUGCUUGGAGCCUGCCUCUGCCACGGUCCUGGAGGGAGUCCCUGUCCCUGUGCCAGAACGGCGGCAUCUGCUCGGAAACUGGUUCUUCAGCUCAAACAUGAGCUGGAACUUUUGCAGAAGAGCAAAGAAGAAGCUUACAUCAUGGCAGAUGCGUUCCGAAUUGCAUUUGAGCAACAGUUAAUGAGGAGAAAUGACCAGGCCCUGAGAUUGACGCAAGUGGAUGAAAUUUGUAAAAAAGCAAAAAACCGGCUAAGUUGGAAGCCCUUUAAAGCGGACGUUUUAGGACAUCAACCACAAAGGAGUAAGAAGACAUUAGGGCAGAAACUGCUGGGUAUGCUGCCUUCAGAAAACAGUUCUAAGAGGACUGAAGACCAGGGUAAUCCUCAAGAAGUCUUUAAGAUGCUCAUAGAUUUGUUGAAUGAUAAAGAAGAAGCGCUGGCUCAUCAGAGAAAAGUUAGUUACAUGCUUGCUCGAGCACUGGAAGACAAAGACACGGCCUCAAAAGAAAACAAAGACAAAAGUCCUAUGAAAGAGAACUUUCCAAUCAGAAAGCCCUGGCAGAAAUCUUCACAAUUCUCUGUUUUGUGUGAUUCUAUACAUUUAAGUACCCAGACUUUUAAUUCUGUGGGCUGUGCUUGUUCAAUCCAGUACCCUCCAACAGAUCCAAACUACACAAGAACUCUUAAAAGAUCCUGUUCUUUGCCAUCAAAUAUUGUAUUUUGAAGACAGACCAACCACUUGGAAUCAGAACUGAGAGCUUUUUACAUUCAAGAGACUUUGGGACUAAGCGUAGCUCUGUGGUACGGUGCCUGCCUAGCACGUGCCAGGCCCUGUGAUCAGUGCCCAACACCAAGAGACUUUGAAAAGGGACUUUGUAGAUAUUGAUACCUCUUGAGAAGCUGUGUGCUUCCCAGGAUUUUUUAAUUUUAGGAGUUUAAUCAAGCUUUUUCUACAGAAAAUUUAUUACUAUUCUUCAUUGUCAUUUUAUUUAUAAAUUAUUAUAUUUUAUGAAGUUUUUAGUGUUUGCCAACAUCUUAUAAGCAAAUUAUUUGGGGGAAGACCAAAACUAUAGUAUUUAAUACUUAGAUUGACUAUAGGGAUCUUAGAUUAGCUAAACCAACAAUAUACCAAUGUGAUGUUUUAAAAAGUAAUGCCGCCAGGCAUGGUGGCACACACCUGUAAUCCCAGCACUCUAGGG